AUGGGCAACACCGAGAGCUGCCGGGGCCUUGCGUCCGAGCUCGACCGGCUCGAGAGCACGCUGUCGGUGCUCGCGGCGACCAACCCCGUGGGCAUCCGGCCGCUUCGAUCGCACCAAGUCCACGUCCACGGCGCCGUCCUCGACUGCUCUUUAGAUGUGCGCGUCACCAUUGGCCCCGUCGUUGGCGUCGUAGGCCCCAACAAGGCGCGCAUUCUACUCGAGGUCAACACGGCCACGACCAUCACGUGCCAUCUCACGCGCCAAGAGCGGUGGACGGGCCAGUUCCUCGAGGUGCCCUCGGCCCGCGUGGCGGUCGCCGCACCCGCCGGCGCGCCCGUGGUCUUUGUCUUGACGCAGCUGCUGCCCGAUACGACCUACUACUACGCGUUUAGCGGCUUGUGCACAGACGACGCGCGGACAUGCCACGGAACGUUCCAUACGCUCGCCGUCGACGACACGUCGCCAUUGCAAAUCGCCGUUGUGAGCGGCCAGGACGCCUUUGCGGCGGGCGAGAGCGAUCUCUGGCAGCAGCUCGCCGCGCGCGUCCAGCAACGAGUCGUCGCGUCAUCGCCCGAGACGACACUUCCUGUACAGUAUGUGCUGCACCUCGGUGGCCAAAUCGCGCUCCAGCGAACCUUUGAGCAAGGCUACGUGCUCUUGACGCGCCACGCGCAGUCGCUUUCAACGACGCUGCCGAGCACGAGGACGUGGGAGACUAUGGAAGCCAAGGUCGUCGAGCUCUUCCGCGACGCGUACCGGUUCCAGUGGCGCCUCCCAUUCGUUCGGGACGUCCUCGCGCACGCGUCCAACGUCAUGAUGUGGGGCGACUGCGACGUCUACGCCAACUUUGCGCACGCUAGUGUCUUCCAAAUGGACCACGAACGACCCACGCUCCACAUGCAAGUCAUGCGCAUCCUCCUGCGCUCGGCGCGCCGGGUGUUCCACGAGUACCAGCGGCAGCUCUGGGACGACGACUUUGCCGCCUUCUCGGCCGAGAUGGCAAGUGCCACACCUAAGAUUGCGAGGCGCAUUGCACUGGCCGAGGGCGGGUUUCGAUCGACGCACGAAGUCGCCCAGCGGCAGCUGGAGCUCGCCGAACUUGAGCAGACGAUGGCCGUCUCGAAGCGCCGGAUGGAGUUUGCCGCCACCAAGAUGUACGAGCAGCGUGUCUCGGUGCUCCGCGCCGAGCUCGAUGCGCUUCAGUUGCAAGCGGUGGCGGCGCGCGACGAGCUUCUCGUGGUCGACCGAGGCGAAGAGUUUUGUCUCUGGACCGAGCGCCACAUUGCCUUUCUCUUUUUGGACAUGCGCGGCAGCCACUUGGCCCCAGGCGGCGUCCCGACACCCGACAACCCGGUGUGGAGCCCCGCCCAGUGGGACUUUGUCAUGAAGGUCCUCGCCGAGCCGCGAACGCGGGUCCUUGUCGUCUGCAGCGAGCUGCCCAUUGCCGACGCGAAUAGCGAGAGCGUCCAGGCUCUGCUUGCAUCCGAGCCAACGUCGUCGUACUGGAAAGUUGAGCGGCCCAACCGACUCGUCGUGCUCUUGUCUGGAGCGAGUGCGACGCGCUGGCCGAUCGCGUCGGUGGUGACGGACGUGACGAUGCGCGCGUCGAUGCCGCAGUACGUGGUCGGACCCAUGACGAUGGCGCCGUCGACGACGACGCUACCGGCCCUUUCCGCGGCACUCGGCGACCGGUUCGUUGUGACGCACACCAUUGAGCGCCCGCUCGAGACCAACUUUGCUUUGUGCCAGCUCACGGCGUCGGCGGAUCGUGACCCGACGUUGCACGUGACGCGGCAUCGUCAGAUGGCGUCGACGGCGCGCGUGCUCGUGGGGCCCAUUGUCGGGCUCGUCGAUGCGUUCUCAAGCGUCAUCCUUCUCGAGGUCGAUCGCGAUGCGUCGGUGACAUGCCUGGUCACAAACGUCGUCACGGGCGCGACCCAGCGGCUGCUGCAGAAGCUUCCGGCGCGGCGGCCAAAGAGCUUUCACUUUACGCAGCUCGCGCCGCAGCAACACUAUAGCGUCACGUUUCUCGGGAUCGCCGAGCCAUCGACGCUCUGCCACUUUGCCACGCCGGCCGAGCGCCCGUCGCGGUUUGACUUGGCCCUUGUGAGCCACGACCGCUUGCGCUCGUUCCCAUUGACGCCCGACACGUCCAUGCUGCCGCCGACGCUCUGGAGCAGCCUCGAGGCGUCGCUCGCCGAGCCGUUCAGCGCCCUCACGCUCGUCUUGCACCUCGGCGGCCAGAUUUAUCCGCGCGAGCAUGCGUGCGUCGAUGCGGCGCGCGCGAUGCUGCACCCCGUCGCCGCCGACACCGACCUCGUCGACGAGCAGCUGCGCAAUGUCUACCGUCACCACUGGACGCUGCCGACGACGCGGAAUGCACUGGCCCUCGGCGCGCACCUCAUGGUGCCAAGUGAAGUCGACGUGCUCGAGCUGCCCGAGGGUAUCGCACGGCCCGAUCGGCCAGCGGACACUGCGGCGCUAUCGGUGCGCUUGAAAGCGAUCGCAUCCGAGUACCAGCUCCAGCUCUGGCCAGCCUCGAGUGUCAAACCCUACCCCUUCUGCCAUGCCUGGGGCCCCUUUGGCCUCUUUGUGUGGCCCAAAACGUCGAUCGACGUGCGCUGGUCGGCGCUGGCUGCUUUUCUGGCGCAGCCGUCGCUGACGACGCUUGUCGUGGCCUGCGACCAGCCAUUGGUCGACGACUCGGUCGAGGACCUCCGUGAAAAGGCCAAAACGCGUCCGUAUGGCGCCACGUUCCCGGGACACGCCGACGACCUCCUUCGGCUGCUCGACGUCCUUUCCCAGUGGCAUCGCAAGGACGACGCCAAACAGGUGGUGUUUGUGUGUGGCCACGAACACUUUGGCUUUGACACAGUCUUGCAAGACGCAGUUGCGCGCCAUUUCUGCGUGCGCCAGUUUGUCGUCGGGUCGCUCAGCACCCAUUCGACGAUCGAGCAGCGCAUGGCGUAUCUCUCGAAUGGCUCCAUCGGCACCACGAUGACCUUUGCGCAUAACUUUGACGCGUCGUAUCUGGGUCCGCAUUUCGGCCACCUGACGCUGCGACCGACGGAGCUCGAGGCAUACGAAGUCGUAACACUUGCUGGCGACGAGAGCAGCCUCGGCGGUAGCUACUCACGCACGCCCGCUGCGAGCUGGUACCUUUUACCGCAGCUGCCCGCGUGGCUGCCGACGGUCACGCCCCUCGAACCAAGAAGCUCCAACGCGAAGCUCGACGCGCUGUUGAGUGCGAAAGCAGCGGACGUUGUCGCUUCGUACACCAUGUGCCAUGUGCCGACGCAGUGCCGCAAGAGCCGAUUUGCAGUCGCGCAGGCGCUCUUGCCUGGCGUGGAGCGGUUUUACGAGUGUGGCGGCCUCGACCUUCGCGUGCUCGUUCCUCCUCCGACGCUGUUUACGAUCACACGGAUUUGCGCCACCGAGUGCAAGAUCGAUGCGCUGGGCUAUGCUGUCGACGUCGAUCUCUACUGCACGAUCCUCGCCAAGGCCUUCCGCGCCAGCCUUUCCCCUGAGCCUGCGACCCUCUCGUCGUCAAGUGGACUGUAGCAUCGAGGUUGGAUUAAAGUUGAUACAUUGAUAU